UUCGCUCUACUCCUAAUACCAACCGGUCUUACCCCGAUUACAUUCUUUAUCAACAACAUUAAUACCGCCUCCCGUAUAACUUAAUAUACCAAACACCAAACUCAACCGUCAAAAUGAAGUACUUCGCCGCUACCGUUGCCCUCAUCGCUGGUGCCCAGGCCUCUGCCUACGGCUACCCUGCUGCCAACAGCUCUACUCCCGUCGAGUACCCCGUCUCUUCCAGCGCCUACCCCGUUGAGUCUUCCGGAUACCCUGUCGUCUCCUCCGGAUACCCCGUCUCCUCCAGCGUCUAUGUCACCAAGACCGUCUCUGAGCUCACCACCGUCUGCCCUGAGCCCACCACCCUCACCCAGGGCGGCAAGACCUACACUGUCACCACCUCCACCACCCUCACCAUCACUGACUGCCCUUGCACUGUCGUUGAGACUCACUACCCCACUGCUCCUGUCUACACCUCUCCCGUCCACACUGCUCCCGUCCACACCACUCCUGUCCCCGUCUACCCCACUGGCAACGGCACUCACCCCACUGCCCCUGCUCCUUCUGGCACUGGUGCCGCUCCUCCCUCCGAGUUCACCGGCGCUGCCGCCAAGGUCGGUGUCAGCUUCGUCGGUCUCCUCGCCGCCGGUGCCGCUCUUUUGUAAGCAGCAUCUCAACCUCUUGAAGAGCAUUGAUCUCCUCCGACCAUUGUCUCUUCUGGAUGUUUGACAGGAGACGAGAAAAGACGUUGGAUGAAAGAAUUAUUAUUCGGUUCCAUUUCAAUCACGGUUUAUGACUUCGGGCUCUGCAUUCAUGUCACCUGCAUUGCGAUGGUGAGUCUGCGGUCGGAUACCCCCCGCUAAAUAAUUAUCAAUUUUGGACAAAUUUCCCCCAUACUUUAAUAUACCUCCAUCUCUCUUCAUAAGCGCGCUCCGAGAAACAGUCGAACCAAGGGCUGGAACUACCUGAUACCCAA